AGAUGGAUACACGGCCGGCGCGGGAAGCAGAGCGCCUUUGGAGCCCCACCUCCCGCCCUGACUAAUCACAGAAAGAAGAGGUGAGGAGGAAGCACAUUCGUUUGCACAUGGAAGGCGCGCUGACCGCCAGGGACAAGGUUGGAGUGCAGGAUUUUGUGCUGUUGGACGCCUACACCAGCGAAUCUGCUUUUCUGGACAAUCUUCGCAAGCGUUUCAGCGAGAACCUCAUCUAUACCUAUAUUGGGACCCUCCUUGUGUCUGUGAAUCCAUACCAGGAGCUUGGAAUCUACACUGUGAGCCAGAUGGAACUUUAUCAAGGGGUCAAUUUCUUUGAACUGCCACCACAUGUCUAUGCCGUAGCUGACAACGUAUACCGCAUGAUGUGCUCCGAGCUAAAUAACCACUUCAUUCUCAUCUCUGGAGAGAGUGGGGCAGGGAAAACAGAGGCCUCCAAGAAGAUUCUGCAGUAUUUUGCUGUGACCUGCCCAGUGACCGCGUCACUACAGAUAGCCCGUGACAGACUGCUGCUCUCCAAUCCAGUGUUGGAGGCUUUUGGAAAUGCCAAAACACUCCGGAAUGACAACUCCAGCAGAUUUGGAAAAUACAUGGACAUACAGUUUGACUAUAAGGGCAUUCCUGUAGGUGGGCAUAUCAUCAGUUACCUGAUAGAAAAGUCUCGAGUCGUCUAUCAAAACCAGGGCGAGAGGAACUUCCACAUUUUCUACCAGCUGCUGGAGGGUGGUGAAGAGGAGCUCCUUGCUUACCUGGGACUUGAGCGGGACCCCCAGCUGUAUAAAUACCUCUCACAGGGUCAUUGUGCCAAAGAGUCAUCUAUCAACGACAAGAACAACUGGAAGACUGUUUCCAGUGCCUUUUCUGUCAUCGAUUUUACGGAAGAUGACCUCGAGAAUCUCUUUGGGAUUAUCGCCAGCGUCCUGCACCUGGGGAACAUUGGUUUUGAAGAGAACCACCAAGGCUGUGCCACCAUACCAGACACCCAUGAGAUCAAAUGGAUCGCCAAGCUCUUGGGGGUCCACCCGUCCAUCCUUCUGGAAGCUCUCACCCACAAAAAGAUUGAAGCCCAAACUGAGGAGGUAAUAUGCCCAUUGACACUAGAACUCUCUGUCUACGCUAGAGAUGCAAUGGCCAAGGCUGUUUAUGGACGAACAUUUACAUGGCUGGUCAACAAAAUCAAUUCCUCCUUAGUGAACAAGGAUUUCACCAAGAAAACUGAGAUUGGAUUGCUGGAUAUCUACGGGUUCGAGGUCUUCAACAAGAAUGGUUUUGAACAGUUCUGCAUCAAUUACUGCAAUGAAAAACUCCAGCAACUGUUAAUUGAGAGAACUCUAAAAGCAGAACAGGCAGAAUAUGAAAUGGAAGGUAUAGAGUGGGAGCCAAUUCAGUAUUUCAACAACAAGAUCAUCUGCGAUUUGGUGGAAGAGAGACACAAAGGAAUCUUUUCCAUUCUGGAUGAAGAAUGUAUCCGUCCUGGUCCUGCUACAGACUUGAGUUUCCUGGAGAAAUUGGAAGAGAAAGUAGGCAAGCAUGCACACUUCCAAACCCGGAAGCUGGCGGGGCCGAAGGGCCGGAAGAGGAUUGGCUGGAUGGAGUUCCGGCUCUCCCACUACGCAGGGGAGGUCACCUACUGCACCCAAGGAUUCUUAGAGAAAAACAAUGAUCUCCUCUACAGACAUCUGAAAGAAGUGUUGUGCAGGUCCAAAAACCGCAUCCUGAAGGAAUGCUUCCUGGUGGCCGAGUUAGAAAACCGGAGAAGGCCACCAACGGUGGGGACUCAGUUCAAAAACAGCCUGAGCAGCCUUCUGGAAAUCCUCAUCUCUAAGGAACCUUCGUACAUCCGUUGCAUCAAGCCCAAUGAGAGGAAAGAACCCAGCAAGUUUGACGACUUGCUCAUAAGGCAUCAGAUCAAGUACCUGGGACUGAUGGAGCACCUUCGGGUGAGACGGGCGGGCUUUGCAUACCGGCGGAAAUACGAGCAUUUCUUGCAAAGGUACAAGUCCCUGUGCCCAGACACCUGGCCACACUGGCACGGGCCCCCAGCAGAGGGUGUGGAACGGCUGAUCCAGUACAUCGGCUACGCACCGGAAGAGUACAAGUUAGGGAGAACCAAAAUAUUCAUUCGUUUCCCCAGAACUCUGUUUGCCACCGAAGAUGCCUUUGAAUUUAGUAAACAUCAAUUAGUUGCGAGGAUCCAAGCCACAUACAAAGGCUGCCUAGAAAGGAGAGUAUAUGUGAAAAAAAGACAAGCAGCCAUCAGACUGGAAGCGCACUGGCGUGGGGCCCUGGCUCGGAAGGCGGCCAGAAGGAGAAAGUGGGCUGUGCGGACCGUGAGGAAGUUCAUAAAGGGAUUCAUCAACCGCAACCAACCCCUCUGCCCCGACAAUGAGGAGUUUAUCAUGUUCAUGCGGAAGAAUUACAUCUUGAAUCUUCGGUAUCACGUCCCAAAGAAUGUCUUAGACAAGAGCUGGCUGAGGCCUCCUGGCAUCUUGGAAAAUGCGUCGGACCUGCUCAGAAAAAUGUGCACAAGGAACCUGGUCCGGAAGUACUGUUGUGGGAUCACGGCCGAGAGGAAAGCGCUGAUGCAGCAAAAGGUGGUUACAAGUGAGCUCUUCAGGGGAAAGAAAGAAGGUUAUGCCGAAGUCUUAAGCCAGCCCUUUGCCAACAGUCGGAUCGAUGAAGGAGACAUUAAUCCCAAAGUGCUUCAACUCAUUAGCAAUGAGAAAAUCCAGUAUGGUAUCCCGGUCAUUAAAUAUGACAGGAAAGGCUUCAAGGCCCGGCAGCGCCAACUCCUCCUGACUCAGAAAGCGGCUUAUGUGGUGGAGCUUGCCAAAAUCAAGCAGAAAAUAGAAUACUCAACACUCAAAGGUGUGUCUACUGGCAGCCUCAGUGAUGGCAUCUUGGUCAUUCACGUCUCGCCGGAGGACCACAAACAAAAGGGGGAUACCGUGUUACAGUGUGAGCACAUCUUCGAAGCAGUCACGAAGCUCGUCAUGCUGCUCAAGAGGGGGAACGUGGUGAAUGUCGCUCAGGGAAGUUUACAGUUUUGUAUCAGUCCUGGAAAAAAAGGCACAAUAGUUUUCGACACAGGACCGGAAGAACAAAUCUAUAAAGAUAAAAACGGCCAGUUAACAGUGGUGGGGCUGGCUUCUAGAAGCUCGUCCGCACCGCUGCUGGGACAUCAAGGGUCUCUAACCUAAGUGUGGGCGCUCUCCCAAGGUGUCGGUCCGCACGAAGUCCUCUUGAUCUCGCCCCAUGGCCAGCUCUGUUCCGGCUGAGGAAAGCACCGAGGAAGCGGGAGGCUGUCCAAGGAGCUACACCUUCAAGGAAAGAAGUCCCAGCAGCUCUAGGCAAAGGAGCACCUCUGAAGAAACCGAGUGGCAUCUGCCCAUCUCCCGGUUCUCAGCAGCUCUGGGGCACUAAAGGAAAAGGUCCUCUUCAGGGGCCCAAACUCAAGUUACCUGUGAGGAUGGGUUUCAAUGUCCCUACCCAGUCCUUCCCUCGAUGGGUACUUGAACAUGUCAUUAUAGGGUGGGCAACAGAUCCUCUACCUUUGUCAAGCUGCCCCUGAGGAACAAUUUGAUAAAGCUGCAAAUUUUGAAUUUUGCUCUAACUAAAUGGAAUUUAGGCGCUUUGGGUUCCAGAGGGGGAGCUGUAGCAGAAAUGUUAAGGCCGUGGGUGUGUUUCUUUCUUGUCCCGGGCUCCCCCCUUCCCUUGUAUUAAAGUAGCAGCAACCCCAGCUGAUUCACUCUGCUUUCCACCUAAGACUUCCUUACGGUGUUUACUAGAACGAUGACACCCCCGCCCCUCCCCGGAGACUUCAAGGUGAUAAAGCAGAAUGAAUGGAGGAUAGAGGCCUUCCUCUCUUUGCUGUGAACCCCCCUCGCGCUGGCUGGAUUGUGCUGGAUGUUUCUGAAAAGACCCAGAAAAUUAAACAGAGGCAUCAUGUAACUUUUAUUUUACACGUCCACAAAUGCUUGUACAACAUACAGUGACUACUUCUAACGUUUAUAGCAUUUUCUUCAUAGCACAAAAAGGAAGGUUAGUGACACAGGUGUGCCACAGGCACGCUGGGUGGAGCACACACUGUGGAGGAGGGCUGAGCGUUGCAGACACGUGGGUCCCGAGCAGCUGCUGGGAGGUACAGGUGAGCCCACCUACGCGGAGCGCGGGGCGUCCCUGCACCUCGGCCAGGCUGCUCGUCUGCUACCUACCGUGGGGGUGGAGGGGGCAACAGAAGAGGUUACUCCAGGAUUGUCUUGGGCACAGAAGAAGGACUUCUUUCAAAAAGCUGUUUUACUUCAACUGUAAGCUCUUACAAUGUAAUAAAACUUCACUCUUUACCAAAUCUUAAGCCAGUGUUUUACUUAGAUGGUUCUUAAGUAUAAAUACGGACCUUUGUUUGCCCUUCAGGCUAGCAUAAGAAUCAGUUCCUUGUGGAAUACAUCUACUACCACAGCUUGGACCAGCCAACACGUGCUGUCAUCUCCUGGCUGUGCGACUAACGGCGCGUCAUUCACCACGGAAUAUUUCAGGAACCUGUUCAGAUCCCAGGAAAGCAAAGACUCAAAACUACAAGUGUGA